ACGUGGUUCAAGGAGAACCAGGAGGGGGAAAUAGACAGAGAUGACAGGGAAUCGGAGUUACAGUUAGCCUGCCGAUAUUAGGAGAAAUUUAAAUUGAUACGCAGUUUUACAAAUAUGAAUAGCGUUGGAGAGGGAUGCACUGACCUAAAGCGUGAAUAUGAUCAGUGUUUUAACCGCUGGUUUGCAGAGAAAUUUUUGAAAGGCGAUCGGAGUAGUGAUCCUUGCACCGAGAUGUUCAAGAAGUACCAGUCGUGUGUUCAGAAAGCGAUCAAAGAAAAGGACAUCCCUAUCGAUGGCGUUGAAUUUAUGGGGCCGAACAAAGAGAAGACCGAGAGUUGACAUGAUAACCAUGAACUGCAUCCAUUCUUCUGAAUGGUCAUCGGGCAUCGGGAACUCUUAACGGUGCCAACAGGGGUUGGCAUGUCAGGUCGGGAUGCGGGCCUUUUCCACGCCAGGCGGACACUGUGUAGCAGGCAUAUGAAAUUACUUGCGUUUACGGUGUCUUGUUAUUUGUCGAUCAGCCGACCAAAAAUCAGUGGAAAGUCAUCCUGGGAUCUUGUCAGCUAUGCGUCCAGUUUGAGCGUGUACCUUUUAGCUGAAGAUUGCUAUUGAAAAUUACUAUCAAUAUUCAGCCUUAUAAGAAUUCUAUCAGACAUCAAGGUCUGAAGAAGACCCGGUGGUCUUUACAGAGACAAGGUUCAAAUUCACAGGAUACACUUUUUGACUGCUUCUGCGACCUCUUAAAUGUAACUACUGCAAUGAUUUUUUAAAGUAGCAGUCAGGGCUACUGGUGCUUAAGAAAGUGCCAUGUAAUAUACUUAAGAAAUUGUUUAACGUAUGUUGUAUGUUUGGUUGAGGUAGACAGACAUGUUGAAUUUGACAGUAAAGUUUAUUUUGCAUGACUGAGAAGGAUGAUGCACAGGUGAUGCCACUCACUUGACAUUAACUCAUGUCUUCAUGGCUGAUAAUUCUGAAAUGUGCCAGGAUUGUUUCACAUCAGCUUUCAGAUCUUCAUCUAUUUUUUGUUUUACCUGUAAAAUGUAACUUGUGAAGGGUAAACACUAAAAAUAUCUUCCAUACAUGUUAAACGAGAAUUUGCAUUUAAAUAUACCCAGGUCUCAUUUGUGUGGCACUGGCAGCUUUAGGUAAAUUUGCUCAACUUGGAAGAUCAUCCUAUGUGCAGUGGACGUGACGCAUUAAAGAAAUGAUUCACACCCUUCACUAA